AUGAGAUCAGAAAAAAACCCAGACAAGAUCCCAACAAAUCUCAGAUACAAUGACAGAAGAAAGGUAAAAGCAGCUACAAUGAAGGUCAACAAGGUUAUAGCUCUUAUCAGAACUGAAUCAAUAACGGAAACAAACAUAGUUUUACGGGCAGCUGGUAAUGUUGUUGCUGAGAUGGUGGUGCACAAAGUCAUGAAUCCCAAGGAAAGCAGGACGCCACAUUGGAGGAGAAGAAUUUUGGAAAAACAGAAGGCACUACGCAAGGAUUUAGGACAGUUAAAUAGAAUGAAAAGAAAUGAGUUGCAAAAUGAGGGUACCAUAUCAAAGCUUGAAAGGAAAUACCGCAUAGUAGAAAAAGGUAUUGAUGUGGUCCAUGAAGAAGUACAACAGAGGUUAGUUGCAAUUGGGGCAAAGCUUGAAAGAUAUGACAAUAGGACAGAGCAGUACAGACAGAAUCGCUUGUUUGAAUCAAAUCAAAAGAAAUUGUUUGAGGAAUUAGACAGAGUAGAAAAACAAACGGUGGUGCCUGAUGCAGAGGAAAGUACUCGCUUUUGGAGUGACAUAUGGGACGAACCAGUAAAACAUAAGGAAAAUCCGGAAUGGCUGAGAAAUGUGGAGGAAGAGCUGACAUGGCUAGGGGUACAAGAUGACAUACACAUUGAAGUGACAAAAUUGAAGAAGCAGGUGAGAAAAAUACCAAGUUGGAAAAGCCCAGGGUCUGAUGGAGUUCAGGGGUAUUGGAUAAAGAAUUUAAGUAAUCUUAGGGAUCUUAGCGGAAGAACUGUAUGA